AUGCCGAUCGGCGUCACUGCCAACAUCGAGGGUGUUGAUUCAUCAGAAGUGAUCUUGGCUGGUGCAAAAGACGGUGUUACCAAGUUUAAUCUUAAGACUGGAGAGCAUGAGUACGUCGCGAAGUACUGGAGCGGUCCUGAUGCAGAGGACAAGACGAGAAGGUUGAGAUCGAACGACGGAGCAGUUGAUACGCAAGGGAGAUUUUGGGUGGAGGCAUUUGUUGACCCUGAGAUCAGCGAGCUCACGGACGAAGGUGUGCUCUUUCGACUUGACCAUGAUGGGACAUUGCAAACGAUGCACGGAAAGAUGACCAUCCCGAACGGCAUAACAUGGAAUUCCAAGGAUGAUACGAUGUUCGUGACCGACUCGCCCGUGCAGAAUGUGUACGCGUUCGACUACGACGUCAGGACAGGAGCAAUCUCCAACAAAAGACUGUUCUUUCACUUGGACGAAGAGGGUAUACACCCCGACGGCCACGCCAUGGACGUGGAGGGUAACAUUUGGCAUGCCUGCUAUGGUGGUUCCAAGGUUAUUCGGAUAUCGCCCGAUGGCGUCGUCACCGGCAUCAUCCACCUGCCAACACGCAACAUCACUUGCCCUACAUUUGUUGGCACAGAAUUGUUCAUUACUAGCGCCAAAGAAUCCGAGCCCCAAAAGUACCCUGAAUCUGACAAAUUCGCAGGAAAUUUGUUCAGGGUUGAUGUUGGGAUCAAGGGUAUGCCAAAGUAUCGAGUUCGCUUGGGAUAG